UAAACUUCGCCGGCCGCCAUUUUAGAGUUUUGCGCGUGGCUUGGCGGAUUUGUCCAUAAUCUGCGAAAUUUUGUAUUUUAGCCCAAAAUAAGCUUUAUUGCUUAACUAAAGUGACGUGAAAUGGAUCCGGAAAAGCUUAAAGUGGUCGACUUACGUAAAGAAUUACAGAAUAGAGGUUUGAACACGAAAGGAAAUAAAGCCGAACUUGUAAAGCGCUUGAAAGAUGCUUUGGAUGGAGAGGCGGGAUCCGAGAAAGGUGUCUUGAAGAGUGAACAAGAUCCAGCACCUGAAGAAAAAGAAGAGGAGGAGGAUGAGGAGGAAGCUUCAAAAGAGCCUGUGAAAACCAGUCCAAAAAAACCAGCCCCUGUUAAAAAGGAGCCUCCACCUACACCUAAAAAGGUUGCUCAGCCUAUUAAAGUGGAAAGUACUGCAACAGCAGAACCAGUAGUGGAAGAAUCUGAAGAAAAUGGUGAUGUUGACAAUCAGUAUUUUCCACUCCCUAAGGAGGAACCAUCUGGAGAACCUGAAAAAAUGGAAGUAGAAACUCGUGGAGAAAAAAGGAAACGCGAUGAUGACGACGAGGAAGAGGAAGACGACACUGUCGAAGUAAAAAAGAAAAAAGAAGACGUCCCUGAGGAAGAAACAAAAGAGGAAACAUCCACAGAAGCACAACUUGAAGACACCAAAAAAACCAAGAGCCCUGCAAAGAAACAAACCCCAAAACAAAAUGAACCAGAAAUUGACUUUAGUAAACCACUUCUCAGUUGGUUUGACUCAGAUUUGCACCUCAAGAUUGAUGAUAAAACUUUCCUGUCUGCCAAACCACACAAUGAGGGGUGUUUUGGUUAUGUGUGGAGUGGGGCCAGAGCGACACAUGGAGUCUCUUCAGGCAAAAUAUGCUUUGAAGUGAAAAUAACUGAAGAACUCAAAUGGGAGGACAUGGCGGAGAAGAUGCAAGAAAAAACCGAUAAGACGUUGAAGGAGGGCGGCAAUAAAUACAAAAUCGACCGCCGUCAGAAAGACGAGAAAAAAGAUGAGGAAAAACCGGCCGAGAGUGAAACUGAAAAAGAAAAUACUGAAAAGAAAGUUGAUGAAAAAGCUGAGCAGGAGAAGAACAAGGAUGCUGUAGAAGCAGAAAAAUCCGAGGAGGCUCAAGUAGAAGAAAAACAGGCUGAAGAAAAGAAGGAUGAGGAAGAACAAAAAAUGGAAACAGAAGCAGAAGAAAAACCAAAAGAAGAUGACAAACCCCACUUACCAUCCAUCCCUACUCACUACUUUAGGGUUGGAUUCUCCCUGUUGGGUACCUCCUUACAGUUAGGAGAAACCCAGUUUUCUUACGGCUACGAAUCCACUGGCAAAUUCGUCACUAACAAACAAUUCCAAGAUUAUGGCGUCACUUUUGGUGCAGGCGACGUCGUUGGCGCAUACUUAAACAUCGACAACGAUAAUGUCUCUAUAACUUUCACAGUAAAUGGAGCAUUACAACCCACCGCGAUCACCGUUCCCCGCACGGAGUUUCCCGAAGAAUUUUCUUUGUUCCCGCACGUUUUGUGUAGGAAUUACGCAUACGAGUUGAACUUUGGCCAAAAAGAAGAGCCGUGGUUCCCUCACCCAGAGGAGUUGAAGGAUUACCAGUUUUUGCAGGAGGUUGAAAAUAAGGUCGAGGGACCAAGGAGGCCUGAGAAAAGGGAAGAUUGUGAGGUUCUACUGAUGAUAGGAUUACCGAGCUCAGGAAAAACUCACUGGGUGAAAAACCAUAUCGAGAACACCCCAGACAAAUCUUACACCAUUAUCGGAAAUUACCCCUUAUUUGAUAGAAUGACUGUUGAAGGAGAACCGAUCAAAUCAAGAUUUAACGGUUGCUGGAAGCUCCUCGUGGAUCGCAUGCAGAAAUUCCUAAACUACCAAACUGACCAGGCUAGUUUGCGCAGGCGUAAUUAUAUCAUCGAUCAGACGAACGUGUUCUCGAACGCCCAACGGCGCAAGUUGCGCGGCUUCGACGGUUUCAAACGGAAGGCGGUGGUGUUGGUCUGCGAGGACGAGGAGCAGGCCCGUAGGCUCAAGGAACAACAACAGGACUAUGGUAAAUUCGUACCGGAUAGCACCUUAUACGAUCUCAAAGCACAAAUGGAACUUCCUCAAAAGUGCGAAUGGCUAGACGAGAUCAUUUUCCCAGAACUUAAUGAAGAGGAAUCCAGAAAGAAGGUUAAGGAGUACAACGAGGACGCCAACAAGAAGGGUUACUUCAAGAGAUGGACGCCAUCAGUUAGAAACAACAGAGGCGGACGUUUUCCAAGAGGAUCCCGAGGUGGUAGAGGAGGAAGUGGUUUCGGGGGUCGUUUCGACCGAUACCCCGCUGGUCCUGCUUGGGGCCGACCAGGACCGUGGGGACGCCCCGGGGGUCCGCCUGCUAUGAGGGGAGCACCAAGGGGCGCCCCGAUACGAGGCGGUAUGCGCGGCACGUCCCAACAAGUUUGGCAGCCAAGAGAUCAAUCUUCAAGAGGGGGCCAACAGUCUAGAGGAGCGCAGCAGUCGAGAGGCUCUUCAGCCAAUCAAAGAGGCGGAUCUAGAGGGACGCAGGGCUACGGUAACUCUCGCCAGAAUCCAUGGCAAAAUAGCAAUAACAGUGGUGGAGGAUACAAUAGUUGGGGAUCUGGAAAUUCUAGGGGCUCAGGUUGGAACGCAUCGAUGUACGGGUCCCAAGGAUACGGUGCCUGGAAUACAAACAGCCAACAAAACAGAAAUCAAUCCUGGAAUUAUGGUAGUCAGAGUUACGGACAGACACAGAAACGCAGCUACGGAUCACAAGGUUACGGAAAUCAAGGUUACAACUCUCAAAGUUACAGUAACCAAGGUUACGGCACUCAAGGAGGUUAUGGAUCUCAAGGUUACGGUAACAGCCAGACUAGCGGAUACGGACAAAGUGGUUACGGCCAGGGUAGUUAUGGAAAUUAUUACGGCCAGUACGGUCAACAGCAAGGAUGGGGUGGACAGAAAAGGAAGUAAAUUCAACAAGGACAACCCGUAAGUUUUCUUAAUACACAUGUAGCAUAAGAAGGUCUAGAUUCUUUGGUUAAAAUCUAAAAGGCCUUUCUACCUGUCAUUAAGAAAUUUAAUAUUUUAAAUGUAAAAACUGUUAGUUUUUGACAUAAAAGAUCAAAUAGAAAAGUGCGAGUCCCAAGACGCGUGUAGAGCACAGUGCAUCCAGUAUUUUCAAGAUCGUGGGCAAUACCGACCCUCGGAAUUUAAUACAAUUUCCUUAAUAUUUAGGUUUAGUGAACGUUUCUCGGUAUUCUUUGUAUAUAUAUUCCGGACUGCAUAUUUUACAUUUUAAUCGAAUGUAGUUUAACAGAUUACUUCGAAAAUGUGUUUUAAAGAAAAUGUACAAAACUAAAAUAGCUUUUAAAUGUUUUUGUUUUUAGUGCGAAAAUUUAUUUUUUUCUUUUUUAAAUGUAGAUGUACAUUUUUAUAUAAUGUAACUCGCACAGCGGCGAUUAAAUAAUAGAAUAUGGAUUUGUAUCGAUUGGAAAUAGUUUUACUGACAAAAAUAGUUUAGUAUAUUGUAAUUACUGACAAUUGCAGUAAUAAAAAAAGAAUUUUCAUUUAAAAAAA